AUGAAUCCUUUCCCUACUAGCGCCACUUCCUCCACCACAUCUGCAAGGAGACAAUAUCGAUACCAGACCAGAGCCUCCUCCUCUCAGGUGGAUGAAAGUCUGUUUGGAAGCACCACAAAGAGGGCAUCACAGUCAGCCUGCAAGGUGAAGGAAGUCAAGGAAGUGCCAGUGCAGAAGCAAACUAUUCAAAUUGUCACCAAAGACCUAAUUCGCAAUCUCAGGGUUCCAUGCAGAGAUCCUUCAGGACAGUCCAUCAUUCUAACAUCAGCUGACUUCAAGCAGAUCACCUCAAGAUCCAAGUAUCUCUCCAAGGAGGAGAAGGAGGCUUGGAAGGCGGCCAGUCAGAGGAGGAAAGAAGAAGAGAUGAAAGCGGCCGAGGAAAGGAAGCGAGAGAUGUUAGAGGCGGACAUGUCCCGUCAGGAGAAGGAGGCUUUAAGCGAAGUAGAGAUGGAGGCUCACGACCGUGUGCAGCGUUUGUUGGAGGGCGCCAACGCCCUGAGGAUGGAGCAGGAGGAGGAGAUUAAAGAACUCAACAAGUUGAUUCUCGGUGCCCAGUGCCAAGCCACGCGUGACGCACAGAUCCAGGAGAAGAGACAGAUCCAGCUGGAGAUGCUGGAGGAGCAGAAGCGUCUGGACGCCAUGAUGGAAGUAGAACGUCGCAGGCUUCUGGAAAAGAUGGAGCAGAUAGAAGAGCAGCACAAGCAAGAGAGGAUCUGCGGGAAGCAGCAAAUCUUUGAGCAGAUCCAGCAGCGUCUGGAGGAGAAACUGGUGCAAGAUGAGCUGAAGGAGCAGGAGAAACAUUGCGUCCGAGAGAAGCAAGCCAGAAUGAACCUGGAGGAACUCAUGGUCUUGGAGAAGAAGAGGGAGGAGCAACAGCGUCUGCAUCAGGAGGUCAUGCGAAUCAACGCCGAGACUUUGAAGGCGCAUGAACAGAAGAGGGAGGAGGAGAAGCUUGCAGAUAAGAGAGAAAUGGAAUUCCUCCAAAACAAACAGCAACGUGAGGCGGACUACGAAGCAGAGCAGAGGAGGAUCAAGAAGGAGAAGGAGCUGGAGAUCGCAAGGCUGAGGGCUCGGCAGGAAAAAGCCAGGGACCACAAAGCAGACCAGGACGAGCUGCGAGCAAAAAGGAACCAAGAUAUGGCGGACAGAGACUGGAGGGGGAAACAGAAGGAGCUGGCUGCCAAGAAGGCGCAAGAGGAGGCCACACUGAGGGCCGCUCGCUUGGAGCAGGUGCAGCGCAAAGAGCAACUCCUGUCUAUGGAGGCCGGCCGAGAGAAGGCUGAGUUUGAGAGGGUCCUCAAGGUGCAACAGGAAGCCGCCGUCAAACAAAAAGAAGACGACGAGAAGCAGCGCCAGAGCGCGCUUAGCCACGCCGAGGCCAUUAGGCAACAAGUGAAGGAGAUGGAGCAGUCGGCCAUUGCCAAGCGCAAAGAGAGAUUGAAGGAGGCUGAGCAAGUGAGCAGGGAGGCCCAGCAGAGACGCAAACGCAUCAAUGAGGUCAAACAGAAGAAGCUGAAAGAGCUGAAGGCAACUGGGCUCAGUGACAAAUACUGCAGUGAAGUGGAAAGGAAGGCUUGGCUGCUUUGAUUCCCUCACAGUGCCUGUCGAGGACCACAAUGUAUCCCAUAGGGCAGGUUGUGUCCACAGUACGGUCCACAUUCUAAAAAUGGUGUGAAACAUGAAUACCACUACACCACUCAAGAAAUAAAGCUAAUGAUUUGAUAGGCUGUUGGAUACGGAAAGGGAUAUUCUGUAAUUGAAAAAGACUGCGGCCGAUACCUGGAUUAAAAUGGAGUUGGGUGGGGACAAUCAGCCAAUUUAUUUAAGUUACUGUAAGUCAUUUGACUGUACAUCUGGGGGGGGGGGGGGGAAACACAUACCACCAAAAAAACCCUCAACAUAUUCUAAAGAAUCGAUAUUAAACUUAACAUGUUCCAGACACUGCGAUGAGCCAGUAUCCCUGCCUUUUACCCGAGUGCAGCUGGGAAGGUCCAAGUUCCCCUC